AAAAAAAAAAAAAAAAAAGAUAGUUGCUAACCCCAAGUAUGAUUCAACCCAAGAUACCAAUAGACACUGGCUGAAGGAAACAUUUGUAUCGUUUAAAUUAUUUUUAUUUACAGCAAACUCUACUAUGUACAUCAUUUCACCCCGAAUCACUUUCAGGUUCUUUGGCCUUUGCUUUUUCCAGGCCUGGCCAUGUGAGCCACAGACUUGGGACCCAGGACUUUGCCUCCCCAGUGUCGGCGUAUCUGAAAAGACAAAAAGAGGGAGUCAGUUUAGCCUCUUGUUUUCUGAGAUUUUCAAGGUUAUUGCGUCGUUCUGUGGGGCUGUUCCAAGCUGAUCGCCACAAACAACUGCUCAUACGUUAAGCCAGCCACUUGUUUCGGAAACGAUUAGCACGUGACAGUACUGUGUGUGAAGCUGCUCUUACCUCCUCAUAUCUGUCACUGUUUGUCCUGACAGCUUCCACCACCUUGGCCAAGGCACCUCUGUCUUCCCUAACACGGCAGGAGGGAAAACAAAAGUGGGUUUUUGGCCUCUCAGUUUCCCUUUUAGAAUGCAUGUCUUCAUCUCUAGCUCAAGACAGUCUUUUGCCUCAGAUGCAAUGUGACCACAUGGUUUAUUCAGGUGAAGAAAUUCUUACCCAUCAUUGGCAAAAGUUCAGAUAGAUCUAUUUCUUAAAUGAAAAGAUUGGCCUUUAAGGAAAACAACUGGGACGCAUGCAUUAAAUGCACUGGGGAAGUCUGCGGCCAGGCUGUGUACUCACUCAUUAACUUGCGUGAAUGCAACAGUGGUGCACGUCUUCCUGUGGACUAGACGUCCCAGUCUUGCCUUCCCCUUGAUGACGCAAUAAGGGACUCCCAUUUUCUGACACAGGGCAGGCAAGAAGACCACCAGCUGGAAGAAAGCAUUAGCUGAAGCGUGUAUUUGGACCAAAAGCAGGGCAUCUCAAAGCUAGCUCGGCAGCAACUGCUCAGGGUGAAAAAGCUCAUGGAUUUCCACUUCAAGGUUAAAUUCAGUGAGAGAUUCGCAUCACCGCAAGAGCGACGCAUUGAGCUGGAUCCCUUGGCAGUACUGUCCUCACCCACCCACUUUGGUCUCAUCACUGACUCGUCAUUAGGCCUACUCUCUUCCCGGUACUGACAGAAGCCCUUGGAUUAGCAGUCAACAGGCAAACACACCUCGAUGGGAUCCGUGUCGUGUGCAAUCACCACCAGCUGGGCUUUCUUCUGUUCAACCAACGCAGUGACUGUGUUGAUUCCUAGAACACACAAUCACUGUGAGCAUUCACGGGGCCUGCUCUGGUCACAAGAAGCUGCUGGGCCCAGCUGCUGACUCAGUGUUAAAAAGCUCGCUUUUACUCUUCAGUCAUUUCAGGUGAAGAAAUUCUACAUCACUGCAACAGCUGGCCCCCAGUGUUCACCCUAAGGUGGGGCCCACUCACCCGAUCGAAGUACAGGUGGUCUCUUGGUGGGGACGUCCCCUUUGCCAGCAGCUUUCUUCUCGGCACGGGCCAACAGCCUCUGCUGCUUUUCUUGCCGUCUCUCGGGCCUAUACUUCUGGGCCAGCUUUAACAGCUCAAUAGCUGGGAAAACACUCUUCAGUUUAGGCUUGUAGUCAAGGUUCUACUCCGUAUCACUUAUAUAAAUGCUAGAUUGCUGUCCCGGUAUAUAAGGACUCUAAUGACAACUGCAGUUCAAGAGACUGAAGGCCACUCACCCUCCUAUUCUGGAUGAAGUAAGUAAUCAUUGAUUUUAACAAACUCAUCAACCUCAAAAGCCCACCCCACCCCCCACCCCCGGAAGCCUGAGAUAUAAAACUGUCAAGAGUCUCGUCUUUGCCUGAGAAACUCCUUUCCAGGCCACACAACCUCACCUGUUUGGCGGUCCAGGGCCUGGGUGAACUGGUUGAUGGCAGGAGGCACUUUCAGCCGCUUGUACAGGAUGCUUCUCUGCCGCUGCAACCUGACAGCGGGGCCAUUUAACAAAGCGGGUGAGGUCUCUUUUCGGUUGCAUGUCCCCUCCUGAGAAAUAAAGGGCGACAUCGACUGAGUGAGGCUCAAAUUCCGUGUCAAGUUCAUGUCUGGGGCCACUCAGAAGGGUGUUGGUGCAUCAGAGAUCUUGGUGGUUUAAAAUGUCAUCACCAUCUUCAGAUAGCAAAUAUUCUUUUACAUCAUCUGCACACAAACACUUGAGAACGCCAGCGAGAGCACGAUGCCCUUCCUAACAAGAAGCCAAGGUGCCACCAACUACAGUAGAAUUGCAGUCCGAGGGCCUCGCUGGGACAACACUAUUCAACUUGUUUUCGGAUGGCCAAGCUGAAUCCAAGGCCCCUACCCUAUUCAGCCGAACGCUCACUCAGAAACUCCCAACGAAAGCAAGAGAUAGGCACCAUCACUGCCCGUCUCUAAGGGACACAAGUUGAGGACUGACACCACUUCACACCCCCUAAAACCUGCAAGAUCCGACUCAACCCCAUUACCACUUUUCCUUGGGAAAAAGACCGUUUUCAUCCUGCCGUUUGUUACUCACCAAUGCCGAAAUUCUUCGGCCUGGGCUCAAACAGGGGAUUCGCCACUUUCUCGGCCUCCUGCUUCUUCACAACAGCAGGGCCUGGAGCCAUCUUCUUCCCCUUGGCCUUCUCUCCUUUUGGCUGGACAGAAAGAAAAUCCCGGUGAAACCGCCGCCUCCUUCGCCGGGAGGUCUCAGGUUGGCUCCUUCAAAACAAGGGGCGCCGACGGCCCCUGUCCCAACCAGCCGGCGAGCUGCGUCCCGAAGUCCCCCAGGGCCACCCCAGCCUGUGCAGCUGCGGCCUUGGCUGCCGGGAACGUCCUCGCCAUGCCGCGGCAGGAGCGUCUCCCAACAGCCGCACCAGCACGCAGCCCACGGAACCCCGAGUGGCCGGAGCCCGGCUAAGGCCGACGCCACGCUCUUCGCGUCGCCCACCCAGGAGACGUCCCGGACGGGACUCGGGGCGCCUGAGCCGCGGCCCCGCCAGCUCCAGGAGCAGCAGGUGCGGCUCGGAACUCGUUGGUCAAAGCCUCUGCGGCGGCCCUCAAAAAAACCAGACGCCGCUCGGUAGUUUUCCGAGCGCCUCCGCCCCGUCCGAGCCCCGCACCCGGGCGCUCCCGGCCCUCCUCCUCCAGCCCAGCGGCAUCGGGACCCACGCAUCCCGCUUCCGGCUGCCCGGGGCUUUAGUCCGUCUCAAUGUCUCCGUGCCACACCAGUACGGCUCUCCUAGAGCUAGGCGGAGCAGGAGGCCCUGUGAGGCCGCGCCUAGAGGAGGAUGGCAGCGGAUAAAGUCGGAACCCGGCUACCGUGUCGCAGAAGGAGACCUCACUCACCAUCUUGGUCGGCGGGAAGACAGAGAAAGGAAAGGGAAUUCUGGGGAAUACGUAUGCCGCGGGGAGGAUCGCGAGAGUUGAUGCCGGCGCGGGAUUUCAGAUUUAAAGCAACAGGACACCUAUAAACCUAAAAAGCCACGCGCGGCGGCGAAGCUACGGCGGCGGACUCGGUUUUCGGACUGCGGAGCGACCGGGAAGACUCCAUCUCGGCCGAGAGACUGCGGCGGGCGGGCCCGGCCUGGGGAGAGGCACGGGAAAGUGCGGGUUCCGGAGGCACGUGUCCACACCGCCCCGGGCCGACCCCGCGGACGCGGCGUCUGGUCCAGGUCACCGCCCCUGCGCCGCCUGAGGCUCUGCCAUGGCCCAGCAGAGAGCCCUGCCCCAGAGCAAGGAGACACUGCUGCAGUCUUACAACAAGCGGCUGAAGGAUGACAUCAAGUCCGUCAUGGACAACUUCACCGAGAUCAUCAAGACCGCCAAGAUUGAGGACGAGACGCAGGUGUCACGGGCCACUCAAGGUGAACAGGACAAUUACGAGAUGCACGUGCGCGCCGCCAACAUCGUCCGAGCCGGUGAGUCCCUGAUGAAGCUGGUGUCCGACCUCAAGCAGUUCCUGAUCCUCAACGACUUCCCCUCCGUGAACGAGGCCAUCGACCAGCGCAACCAGCAGCUGCGUGCGCUGCAGGAGGAGUGCGACCGGAAGCUCAUCACGCUGCGGGACGAGAUCUCCAUUGACCUCUACGAGCUGGAGGAGGAGUAUUACUCGUCCAGCUCAAGCCUUUGCGAAGCUAAUGACCUGCCUCUGUGCGAAGCUUACGGGAGGCUGGACCUCGACACAGACUCUGCUGAUGGCCUCUCGGCCCCUCUGCUGGCGUCCCCGGAGCCCAGUGCUGGCCCCCUGCAGGCGGCAGCCCCUGCCCAUUCCCAUGCCGGCGGCCCGGGCCCCACUGAGCAUGCCUGAGCCUCUGGGGCCACCCCUCAUUGUCAGGAACAGAACCAGAGGUCGCCCUCUGGAUGCUGCCACAGCCUUGCUUCUUUCAGCCUAGGUUCCCAUUUGGGGACUUCAGGACACCAGAGCCUCUGGGACUUCCUUGCGAAGCUCGGUAGCCCAGGGCCGGUCCAGCCAGGACGGUUGGGAAAGUGGUUUCCUAGCCAUUUCUGAACAGCCCAUCAUUCCCUGAGUCAUCAUCUCUUUUUGCUGUCUUCCUGGCCGGCCAGGUAGAAGAAGGUUUUCAACAUAGGUCUGUCCUGCUGGGGACCUCAGCAGUGGGGCAGGAGGGUGCCUGAUAUGGGGGAGCCCCAACUCGAGCCUGUUGUUAGAGUUGGGAGGGGCUCCGAGCAGACGGUGUUGGGCAGGCCGGGUUUCUUGUGCGGAGCCCCACCUGCUGCUGCUUGCCCUGAGCUGCACAUGUUCGCGCCCUGGCUGAGUGUUACGGCAGGGCCGUAUGAGAGGGGUUGCCCCGACAUAUGGAAGCUACGUGUGACUUAUUCCUAACUCUGCCUCUGGAAUGAGACUUGAUUAAAACACCGCCACCCUUUUGCAUUGCU